AUGUCACACGAGGGGGAUAUUUGUACCCACUGCUCAGUCAAAGGUCCUAACGAUGGGCCAGAGCAGGGUAAAGAAAAUAUUACGAAUGAGAGCACUCCUUUGUCGCGAAAUCUCCCCGAGAAGAUAUAUGUAUCAUGCGCCUCAACAACCAGAAGAGAGCUUAAAGCAAUCCUUGGGAACCCUACACCUCUUGGCGUUAUGGGCUUUAUCUUAAGCUUAACCCCUAUGGCCUGUGACCUAAUGGAAUGGAGAGGAGCUGGGGGUUUUGGAGCUGCUACCGUUGGUGUUGCAUACUUUUUUGGAGGAUUGCUCAUGAUCCUCGCGGCUGUCCUUGAAUUUAUUCUUGGGAACACCUUUAUUUUUGUUGUCUUCUCGUCUUACGCUGCAUUUUGGCUUUCCUUGGCUGCAACAUUAACCCCGUUCUACGCAGCCUAUACUGCAUACGACCCGUCAAAUCCUGAAAAUCCAGGAUUCAACAAUUCAUAUGGUCCGAACCCUUCCUACUGCAAGAUAUUCUUCCUUUGUCACUAA